UUCUUUUCUUGUUUGCAUGUUUUUUUUCAUUUUUUUUCUUGCUUAAACAAAACAAAACAUAUUGGAAUUGAUAAAUAGAAUUUUCACCAUUAAAAUUUCGUUUGUAUUUGAAGAAUAAUGGAACAAAGGAAUAGACCGAUUAUUGGUCAUCAUACGACCUCAUCAUCAUCAUCAUCAUCAUCAUCAACCACCACCGAUACGGAUACAGCAAAUUUAUCAUCAUCAUCAUCGAAUGGCAAUAAUGGACGAUCUCUUGGACGUAUAGAGAUACAAAUUGAGCAUACAUCAAGAAUGGAAUCGGAUUCUACAGGCGCUAAUUCUUCCCCUCAUAUUACAUUUAAUUAUCCUUUUCUUAUGCGUAGAGAUUUAUCACAGGCUUCUCUACCAUCAUCAAUGCAAAGAAAUCGUAUAGCUGAACGUGAACGUAAUUAUUAUAGGCAAUAUUAUUUAAGAAGAUAUCGACCAGGUUCAUCAUCAUCGUCGUCGAAUGAUUCUUCAUCAGCAACUACAGCAUCAGCAGCAGCAGCAGCAGUAGAAUCAUCAUCAGCAACAACAGUAGCAUCAACAACACCACCUACAUCAACAUUAACUAAUGCAAGACCAAUAGAAUUUGAGACAACAGUUUAUCGGCCGAAUUUAUCUCGAAUUGCUUCACAGAUAGUUUUAUCACCAAUUCAAGUUACCUUUCCAGCAACGCCAACAUUACCAUUAGUGGUAUCAACAUCUGCGGAUAAUGUACAAAAUAAUCGUCGAAAUAUGAAUGUAUCAUCAAAUGCGCAAGAUGUAACCAUAUCAACAUUACCACCAUCAUCGGCAACAUCGACAUCAACAGCAAAUCAAACGGAAAUAUUGACAACCAGUGGUGAUAUUGUACGUAAUGUUUUCGAAAGAUUACAUGGUACAGCACUUCAAUUGAAUCGUGAUGGUCAUUGGUUUAAUCUACAGAAUGGUUUAACUAAACAGGAAAUAAAUCGUCAUACUAUUUCCUAUGAAUAUAAACCAAAAAAACGAAAACGAAUGAAAAGAAUUGUCGAUAAUAAUAAUAAUAAUAAUAAUGGUGGGGGUGGUUCAGGUGAAUGUAGCCGAAGUUUUAAUAGCCAACAAAAUCAAACAAGUGAAAGUGAAGUUUGUUCAAUAUGUUUGGAUCAUUUCUGUAUCAACAUUACUGUCAGACGAUUACCUUGUCUUCAUGUGUUUCAUAUAAAAUGUAUUGAUAAAUGGUUGAAACAGAAUAAAAAAUGUCCAAUAUGUCGAAUAUCGAUUGCCAUUGAUUAUGAAAAAAUGUUUUCAUCAUUAAAUUCAGGAAUCAGUAUUGAACAAUGUUUAAAUCAACAGGAAUCAUCACUUGGUUCGAAUAUAGCAAGUUUUCUACAAGAAUUGACCGAUCUACAACAAUUGGUUUAUGAUUUGCCUACAAAUAAUGGAAUGGCACGGCAUUCAUUAUUUAAUUAUGGUCAGAUUUCUUCAAAUAAUAAUAAUAAUAAUAAUAACAAUAACAAUAAUAGCAGAACUAAUAAUAAUCGUAUUAUUAAAGCCAUUUUUAAAUGUGAUAUAUAUUGUGAAGAGAAAUGA